AUGGCAAAUGGCCCAGUCGUUGCUUCUAUGAUGGUUUAUAGUGAUUUUAUGGCAUACAAAUCUGGAGUCUAUUUUAGGACUGCAAAUGCCCAGAAAAGGGACGGGCACGCUGUUAAAAUAAUUGGUUGGGGUACUCAGACUUGUAAUGGACAGAAUAUACCUUUCUGGUUAAUUGCAAAUUCAUGGAGCACUGCCUGGGGAGAAAAAGGACUUUUCAAGAUCAGAAGUGGAGUGAAUGAAGUUGGAAUAGAAAAAACUGGAAUUUCAUUUGGGAUUCCAAGAAUAUAA